AUGCACCGGCUCAUCUUCGUGUAUCUGCUAGUCUGCGUAAACUUCUGCACUUCGGCCACUCCUCAGAGCACAUCCAUCAGAGCUUUACGCAACGCCAAUCUCAGGCGAGAUGAGAGCAAUCACCUCACAGACUUGUACCGAAAAGAUGAGACCAUCCAGGUGACAGGAAAUGGCCACUUGCAGAGUCCUCGCUUCCCGAACAGCUACCCCAGGAACCUGCUUCUGACGUGGCGCCUCCACUCUCACGAGAAAACCAGGAUACAACUAGCGUUUGACCAUCAGUUUGGAUUAGAGGAGGCAGAAAAUGAUAUCUGUAGGUAUGAUUUUGUGGAAGUUGAAGACGUAUCUGAAACCAGUACUGUUAUUAGAGGGCGAUGGUGUGGACACAAGGAAGUUCCUCCAAGGAUAACCUCAAGAACAAACCAGAUUAAAAUCACAUUCAAGUCUGAUGACUACUUUGUGGCUAAACCUGGAUUCAAGAUUUAUUAUUCUUUUGUGGAAGAUUUCCAGCCUGCAGCAGCAUCAGAGACCAACUGGGAAUCAGUCACCAGCUCUAUCUCAGGCGUAUCGUAUCACAGCGUAUCGUAUCACAGUCCAUCAGUAACAGAUCCCACUCUGAUUGCGGAUGCUCUGGACAAAACAGUUGCAGAAUUUGAUACUGUGGAAGAAGUGCUUAAACACUUCAAUCCAGGCUCGUGGCAAGAAGAUCUUAAGAAUUUGCAUUUGGAUGCUCCGCGUUACCGAGGCAGGUCUUACCAUGAGCGUAAGUCAAAAGUUGACCUGGAUAGGCUCAAUGAUGACGUCAAACGAUACAGCUGCACACCCAGGAAUUAUUCUGUCAAUUUAAGAGAGGAGCUAAAGCUGACCAAUGUGGUCUUCUUCCCACGAUGCCUCCUUGUGCAGCGCUGUGGAGGAAACUGUGGCUGUGGAACUGUCAACUGGAAGUCCUGCAGAUGCAGUUCAGGGAAAACUGUGAAAAAGUAUCAUGAGGUAUUAAAGUUUGAGCCUGGCCAUUUCAAGAGGAGGAACAGAGCAAAGAAUAUGGCUCUUGUUGACAUCCAGUUGGAUCAUCAUGAACGGUGUGACUGUAUCUGCAGCUCAAGACCACCUCGAUAAACGAUUGUGCACACACUUACAUUAAGCAUGCGAGAGCAUUUAGGUUAAGCAGGAGGCAGCAAGAGACCCUUUUCCCACCAGCAACUGAACAUAAUACUAGCCUACAUUGCAAUAAAUACAAGUGGUUGCUGAGUUUCAACCUAGCUUAAUUAGCAUCAUAGCACAUAGAAAGGGUAUGUCAUCAAUCUUUAUAUCCAAGAAUAUAGGACUGCAUUUAACGAUAGUACAAGAGGAGAUAUAUACAUCAUAUAUAUUUAUGAUAUAUAUCUCCAUAUCUAGAUGUAAAUAAGUCAAAUGACUUCAAUAUAUAUAAUCAGAAACACCGGGGCAUAUAAAUGGACAUUUCCAAUCUUACUCUUAUGACAAAAUAAGAGGAAUAUCAAAUAUGUGUUUCUUUUAUAUUUCAAAAGAUGAAUCAUUUUUGUUAUAGCUUCAAUCACAAAAUAACUUUCCAUCUUUGUUUAUGAAAGUAUCUUGUGUGUUAAAAACAAACAGCAAAAUUUCUUAUGUACAUUGUGUCUUAGUUGAUUAUAAUACAAAAGAAAAAUAUGAGUUUUGGGAAAAGAGCAAAUACUUAAUCAUUUUCCCCAGGUGAUAUACUUACCUAUGUAGAUGAUAAUUAUCUGUGUCCAAAACUGUGCCAAAAAAAUACAGGUGCUUUAGAAAGUAAGACAUGAAGUGUUUUGAUACAUUUUCUAAGGUACACCAACUCAUUUCACACCUGUCUUGGAAAAAUUACUCAGAAGCUUAUUGUAAUAUGCCAGCAAGAGACAAUAUAUAGCUUGUAGCCAAAUUUCAAAUUGUUUUCUUCCCAUAAGUCCUCAACAAAAGCAAAUCCUCCCAAGAAUGACCUGAGACUUGUAUAUGAACCAUUCAAAAAGAUAUUCAUUAGCAGAGUUAGACAGUUCAAAG